UUACUCUUCCUGAUCUGGUUUCCUGCUAGCUGGGAAUUUUCUCCUGAAAUUUUGCAAUGUUUGCUGAAGUGCAGUAGUGUGCCUGAAGCAAAACAAGAAAAAAAAGUCUUUCAGAAUGACUGUUUUCACAUGACCAGGAACUUAAACAAAGUCAUGAUUUUGUGCAGCUGUGGUUUUACCAUGAAUGAGAUAUGCUUUAAAAAGACAUAUUUUCUUAGUUGUGUUUCAAUAGCCUGCCAAACGUUUUAACAUUUUUCAAAUCUGAUUUGUAGAACACGGAGGGCCUGGCAGAAUGCCAAAUAAAGAAGGGUUCACUGAGUCUUUUGAAGGAGAGGUGGGAGCCUUGUGAUCCAAUUGCAUCGUUUUCAGAGAAUGCUCUCAGAAGCAUGAGUCCUCACUUCAGCCUCCUUCCAGUGAACUGAAGGUCCUGCUGAGCGAGCUGCUCUCGAUAUAAGGCUCUUAGACAGGUACUGAAGAGCUUUUAACAUCAGCCUUUCGACAGCAGCCUGAAGUCACCAGUCAGCCAAUGCUUCCAUCCCCAGUUUAUCGGAGUGUGUAAUACGAGUACCAGAGCUGGAAUUUCUGUGGUAGCCAGACUGAAGGCAUUCCGUGUUCUGACAUAACAGCUUACUUGCUGGAAAUAUUAUUUGUACAAGAAUGGAAAGUGAUCCAGAAACCGGAAUGAUGGUGAGUGAAGCCCAGAAAAAUGACAUUUUAGCUUCACCCAUAAGCAUAGAAGAAACUGAAUCAGCCCAAAGUGAAGUUAUUAAAGAAGAUUUACAAGCUGCCCGGAGGAUUGAGAAAUUUUCUAUCCCACUGGAUGAUUUAAGAAUGCUGUUUGAGAAGACAGCCUCCCCAAGGAACUGCAAGAAGGAAUUGAGAGGUGGAGGUUCACCCUUACUACCAUCAAAGCAACAACUUGGAAAUCUUCCAGACGGCAGAGUGAGUGGAGGCCUGGACAGAACAAUGGAUGGCAAGGAAACAAGCAACAGUGAGGCUGCCGUCACAUCUGAUGAGCCUAACCAGGCUGACAGUGUGCCUUUUGACAUCCAAGACACUGUCUCACUUAAAGAGAGACUGGCGAUGUAUCAAGCAGCUGUUUCAAAGAAGGAGAAAAGCUGCCCUUCAGUUGAUGGUCCAGAAGAGGAAGCACGAGCUCUGCCUGGAGGUCUAGCAAGUGUGAAGAAACAGUUUGAGUCACAAGGGAUUGCCUCCACACACAGUGCUGCUGCUCACUACCACUACCAGCAGCGAUCUGUGCAGGAUGUAACAACUACGAAUGAAAUUACAGUGAACAACAGCAUCAGAAAAACAGACCAUGGAGAUGACCUACUGCAAGCUAGUGAACAGCACUCAUCUUAUCAAACAGAAAUGGUCUCUGUUACUGAGCAGAAUGCUCAGCAAACAAGAGUGAUGGAACAUUUUGAAAAUCACUUCAAUGUGGAUGGAAUGACCGAAGAUGAGAUGCCUAAAGUCUCCACUCAGAUGCUAAAGCAGCAGUUUGAAAAAUCAGCCCAGCCCACCCAAAUGGCGUCAAACACCACCAAACAGAUUAAGGCAGAACUUAACUUCCAAGAUAUGGAGUGGCCUCAUCUUGUCUCCACAUCCAACAUUUCUGCAGCAGUGGGCAAGAUUACCGAAGUUGCAACAUUGAGAGAAAUAGAUAGCGCAGUUGCUUCAUUUUCUGCCAGUUCCAGUAACCGUGGGAGCAUGGAAGAAUUCCCUCCCCCUCCGCCCGAGUUGCUCAAUACACCUCCUGAAAUAAAUCUGUCACCGUAUCCCGAACCAUCCCCUUCCUCAAGAAAACAAGUCAUUCCCAAGGACCUGUACGCCAAACAACGGAAUCUGUAUGAAUUGAAGCGUUUGUAUAAACACAUUAACCCUGAGAUGAGGAGGAACCUGGAAAAGGAAUUUAUUCAAGAGAUCAGUGAGAUUGUGACGAACGAAACGAAAGAGAACAAUGUGGUCGGGGAUGUGCAGCAGGCCCGAUACGUUUUUGAACACACUGGUCUCAGCCCUCAGAAAUGUGUGAGCCCGGAGAGAGAGUAUUUAGAAUGGGAUGAGAUUCUCAAAGGAGAGGUGCAGUCCAUGCGCUGGAUGUUUGAGACCCAACCCUUAGAUUCUAUCAAGGAUGAAUCUCCUGAUGAAAGCAAUGGAAAAUGCAUUUCCCAGCAAGAAAUGAUAGCAGGAGGUGAUGUAAAGUACACAACCUGGAUGUUUGAGACACAGCCUAUCGAUACUCUUGGUGUAAGUCCUCCUGAUUCUGCAGAAAUCACCGGCAAGAUUCCUGAAUUAGCCAGAGGAGACGUUCGCAUGGCCACCUGGUUGUUUGAAACACAGCCGCUAGAUUCAAUGAAUAGGAAGUACCAGGAGAGUGAUCAGACCACAGAGACUACUGUCACCAAAGAUAUUACCGCCGGUGACGUCAAAACCGCAAGGUAUUUAUUUGAAACUCAAUCCCUUGACACACUUGGGCACUUGGAUUCUGUUGAAGAAAAUAACUUCCUGCAGUUAAAAUCUGAAGUUGAAGAAAUAAAAGGAAAUGUGAAGAAAACGCUGAAGUUGUUUGAAACCCAGCCCCUCUAUGUUAUUAGGGACCAGGCUGGUCACGUGCUGGAAAUCAAGACCGUUAAAAGAGAGGAGAUUGAGAGAGGUGAUGUCACGACAGCUCGCUGGCUGUUUGAAACAAAACCUUUAGACAUGAUUAAUAAGGAUGUUUCAAGUAUAAAGGUUGUAUGUGGGAUCUCCAGGGAGGAAGUUAAUCGAGGUGGUGUCAGCAGGGCUAAGUGGCUCUUUGAAACGCAUCCACUGGACUGCAUCAAAGAACAGGUAGAAACAGAUUCUUCGACCAAUUAUAAAGAAGAAAUUCUUGGUGCUGAUGUGAGCAAACAAUGCCGGAUGUUUGAAACCCAGCCAAUUGACUCACUAAAAGACAAUGACAAUGCAAGGCCAGUAGAAAUGGAGGAAAUAAUAGGGGGUGAUGUACGUACAACAAAACAUUUGUUUGAGACAGUUCCUAUGGAUGCUUUGAAGGACAGCCCGGACAUAGAACAGCUUCAACAUACGAUUGCUUCUGAAGAAGUUAAAGGGAACGUGAGACAUCAGACUUGGGUUUUUGAGACCCAACCACUUGAGAUGAUUGGGGAAGAGAAAGAAAAAUGUACAAAAUCAAUCCACCUAGAAGCGAUCAAAAAAGGUGAGGUGAGCAAUUAUAGGCAGGCGUUUGAAACAAUGAAUUUAAGUCACAUUGAUGAAUCUAAAAAGGUUCAAGUGGAUGGUGUAACCAGUGGUGCUGUACGGUCUAAUAGAACUUUAUUUGAAACAACUCCACUAUAUGCCAUACAAGAUAGUGCUGGACACUAUCAUGAAGUUAAAACUGUGAGGAGAGAAGAAAUUGUGAGGGGUGACGUUCGAACGUGCAGAUGGAUGUUUGAGACGACUCCUAUUGAUCAAUUUGAUGAAAGUAUUCAGAAGUUUCAAAUAAUCAAGGGGAUAUCUAAGGAAGAAGUACAAUCUGGUGAUGUGAAAACAGCCAAGUGGCUCUUUGAAACACAGCCACUUGAUGCCAUAAAAUAUUUCAACGACGCAGAAUGUGAAGAAAUCACUACCAAAGAGCUUGAUGACAUCAGAGGAGACGUACAAACUUGCCGAUGGCUGUUUGAGACACAGCCGAUGGAUGCUCUCUACGAAAAGGUGGAUGCUAAAAAUGAAGUAAGCGAGGUCCAGAAAGGCGAUGUGAAAACGUGUACGUGGUUAUUUGAAACACAGCCCUUAGAUGCAAUAAAAGAUCAUUCAGAAACAUUUAUCACAAUGCAAACUAUUCAGCAGGAAGAGAUACAGGGAAGUGAUGUUCAGUUAGCUCGGUUUCUAUUUGAGACUGAACCUCUGGGAAAUAUCCAAGGAGAAAAGAAGGAAGAAUUUAGACAAAUAACUGAAAUAGAUAUUCAGUCAGGGGAUGUAUCUCGUAAGAAAUGGAUCUUUGAAAAUAAACCCCUUGACUUGAUUAACUCCAGUUCAGAAGAAACUUUGAAGAAAAUUAGAUCCAUGACAGCAGAAGAUAUUCAGAAGGGUGAUGUCAUUAAAUGCACUUGGCUCUUUGAGAAUCAUCCAAUCGAUAUGAUAAGAGAAAAAUCUGAAGAAAAAGAAAAUUUUUGCACAGUCAGAGAUGUUCAGGGUGGAAAUGUUGGUAAAGGACGCUUCAUUUUUGAGACCUUCUCACUGGAUCAGAUUAAGGAAGAAUCAUCAGAAAAUACACAUUGCAAGAAAUUUAGUAUGGAUGAAAUAGAGAAAGGAGACGUCAAAAACUACACACUGCUGUUUGAAACCCAGCCGUUAUAUGCUAUUAAAGACAAGGAAGGAUGUUACCAUGAAGUGACGACAGUUCGGAAAGAGGAAGUGAUCACUGGGGAUGUACGAGGUACCAGGUGGUUGUUUGAAACUAAGCCUUUAGACUUAAUUAAGGAAAAUGAGGAAGUAUAUAUCAUCAAAGCUGUGACACAGGAGGAUAUUCAAAAAGGUGAUGUAACUUCUGCACGUUGGAAAUUUGAAACACAGCCACUGGACAAAAUUGCAGAUGAUGAGAAAGUAAUCCCAAAAACAAUCUCUGAUGUGCAAGGUGGGGAUGUGAGAUCAGGUACCCAGCUAUUUGAGUCCAACUCCCAGCAGAAAUACGUCAGAACAGUCAGUGUCAGUGAGAUUCAACAUGGUAAUGUUAGGACCGCCACUUGGCUUUUUGAAACUCAUACCAUUGAUGAGAUAAAAGGUGAAGAUUCAGAAUAUAAGGAGAUUAAGACCGUUGAACGAGAAGAUGUACAAAAAGGAGAAGUGAAGCAGGCUAUUUGGCUUUUUGAAAAGCAGCCACUGGACAGCAUACAGGAGGUUAAUAAAACGUCUACAAAAAUACUUCAAGAAGAUAUUCCACAAGGAGAUGUUAAAACCACAACCUGGCUUUUUGAAACUACACCUUUGCAUCAAUUCAAUGAAAGUCCAGUAGAGAAGCCAGAAAUAAUGGGGAAAAAUAUUAAGGAGACCCUUAAAUCACUUUAUGAUUGCAAAAUUCUUCAAUCCCGGGGAAUCCUUAUUGAAGCAAAUGAAGUUGGAAAUGUCAAAAUGGCUAAAUAUCAACUUUUGAAUCAAACCUCCCCAGAGAUACAAAAAGAACAAAUUGUCAAGGGAGAUCUGCAACAUAUCAUGAUGAAAUUAUUAUCCAAGAGAGAGCCUCCAGUGAAGGGAAUUACUGUUGACCAUGAUGAAAAAGGCAACAUCCAUUUGACAACAGCACAGCUUUUGAAGAGAGCAACAGAUAUUGAUGUAAAUAAAGAAGAAAUAAUUGGUUGUAAUAUUCAGCAAGUAAUCGACAAGCUUUUAAAUCAAGACACCACUGCAAAGAAGGGAAUUCUAAUUCAAGAGAGUGAAAAGGGGGACAUCAGAAUGACAGUUUAUUCUCUUCUCAACAGGACAGAUUACACUAAAGUCCACCAAGGUGAAGACAUUAAAGGAGAUGUACAAGGGACAAUUAGUAAGCUUAUAAAUACAUCUCAGAGCAGUGAACUGUCUCAGAAAGUUAAACUAAAUGACAUAGAAAAAGGAACUGUUCAGUUCUAUACAACAUGCAUUGAAUCAGGGGCAUUAGACUAUCUUAAACUCCUUCAGCUGGAGACUGAUGAAAAUGUUGCAGUUCAAGAGGAACCCAAGGAAAUAAUUCAUGGUGAUGUUGAGGCCGCCAAAAAAAUGCUUCAGAUGCAACAAGUGCAAAUUGAACGGACAGUUGCAGAGUCUGAGAUUUUAUCUGGAAAUGUCCAAGGUGCAAUGUUGGCUUUUACCACAGAAAAGCAAAAUAUAUCUCCCAACAUAGAAAAAGAAGAAAUUAUACCUGGAAAUUUACAGGCAGCUUUGGAUUCACUCAAUCAAGCCACUAAUCAACCCAUACUUGUAGAAAAGGAACCAGUUGUAUGGGGCAACUUAUCAGCAACUCUCAAAUCUCUUGAAGAUGUAAAAUGUCAUAAAACAUAUGUCAAAAAGUUUGCUGGUUUUCCAGAGGAGAUUAAAGGCUCCCUAGAUUCAUCACAGAAGUCAUUAAUUAGUAGAGUCAAAGGAAAUGAGGAAGAUGUGGUGUGCAAUGAUUUCAUUUCUUUGGAAGAGGCUCAAAGUAAAAUGAAGCACAUUGAAAAAGAAGUCAUAACGAAAGGUGACUUUCAAACCACAACAGCAAGUGCGCUGGAAGAAAGUUCUGAAAAGAUAGCAUUCCCACAUCAGUUGGGCAGAAAAGAAAGUGUGAAAGCUACAAUCCAAAAACUACCAGAUUGGCCACAACUUCAUGCCAGUACAUCAGCAGGAAGUCCAAAUAACAAUGUAGUGCGACAUGAAGGCCAGAAACACAUGUAUGCAGCAAAAAAUAUUGAGGAUAAAGAAGAUACACUGGCCUGCAUAAAAUCACGUUUAGCAGCUCAAGAGCAAAAUAAUAUCAAUAUUACUAAGCACACUGAUAAGGGAAUACAGGCAAAGCAGAACAUGAAACAACCUGUGAGAAUGCAAAAUGUUAAUACAAGAAUAGAUCAUCCAGUGAAAAGUUAUCCAAGAGAGAAAGCACAAACCAUUUCAGUACCUGAUGAACAACAUCAAAAUGAAUUUGUUAAGAAAAGCAGAAGAACAAUCUCAGAUGUGUAUGCAACCACAAAUUCCUCUGAACAUAUUGGUUCUCAAAAAGUAAAUGUGACCAGAAACAAAUCUACAGUUGACAGUAAAGAAUUUUACUCUUCAGUUGACAGAAAAACACCUAAACAGUUUGUUUCAGUCUCAACGAAAUUUCAGAAAACCUCCCAGUUGCCAAAAAAUUCUGAAUUUACUGGUAUGUCAAAUACUGAAAUUUGUGCAGGAUCAGAUACAGUUGUUGGACAAGUGGUGACCUGUUCAACCAAUCAGAGCACUAAUAUCACUCAGCAAAGUGCACAGAGGUCAAGUCAAAACAUUCAGACUUUGUCAUUGCACUCAACCGCAGAAAAUGAAGUAGAAGCUAAAAAUGAAAUUAUAAACAUUAAUGACUUGCAUAAAACUCACAGCCUUAGUCAGGGAAUAAAUAAAGAACUUGUACCGAUGGUCAAAUCUGGAACAUCUUUAUUUGAAAAGUCAAGAAUAGUUUCAAAUGGCAUGGGCAGUAAAAUUGACAAAGCGAGAAGGGAAGUAUCAAGCCAUGUGAAAAAGGGGAAGAAAGCCGUGCCAGAUGUUCAGUUUUCAACUCCACCAUAUUCUUGUCCCGAACCACCUCUUCCCCCUCCUCCUCCUCCUCCACCUGUAGAAGAUGAUGGUCAAAUGUUUCCUCUCCCACCACCACCUGUCGUCCAAAUGAAACCAGAGGUGUAUGAAGCAGAACUUCCUCUUUCUCCUCUCCAUCCUCCAACCCCUCCUCCUGUUAGUCCCACUAGAACUCUUGCACAGGUAUCCUUAAUCACAGGACACCUUCCUCCAUCAUCAUUACAGUCUGACUUGAACUUACUACCGCCUCCAGCCUCUUGCCCUCAAUCUCCUUCGGAACAAAGGAGAUAUUUUAACAAGGCAUUGAAGUUGGAGUCAACAUCAAAAAUGCCACACCUUGGAUAUCUCCAGCCACAAGAGCAAAUUAACAAGAAAGCAGCAUCCAUUUUAACACCAAAUGAACCAAAAUCUCCUUCUGCUAGCAAAAGAGUUUUUGUACCACCAGCUCCUUCACCUAAAACAGAAGUUGUAAAGCCACAAUCUAAACCUACUGUCAGGAAAUUUAAAACUCCUUUAAUGAUAGCUGAAGAAAAAUACCGAAGAGAGAGAGAAGAAAUAGAAAAAAAUAAAGCAGUUAACGUGACUUGGCCUGUAAAUACAGGAAAGGUAGCAACAGAAGAGUCAAAUCUCUCAGCAAGGCCAGGACCCGAAAAUGUAAAGCCUCCAGUUUUGUCGACUGCAGCAUCAGCAGCUGACCAUCACUUGAAUUCCACAGUUUUUCAGUUAAUAGAAACAGCAAAUGUGACUACUACUGAGAGACAUGUCAGUCACUCAAAGCCAGGUGGUCUUACUGCUGAAGGACAUGCCCCUCAACCAAAAACAGGAGACCCGACUGCUAAGGGCAGUCCAAUCCAUCCAAAACGAGGAGGCCCUAUUGCUGAGGGGCAUCCUCCUCAUCCAAAAGUAGGGGGUCCCACUGCCAAGGGACAGUCCAUUCAUCUAAAAUCAGGCAGUACCACUGCUGAGGGACAGUCUCCUCAUCCAAAACCAGGAGGUCCCUUUGAGAGACAGUUCUUUCCUCCAACAUUAAAAGAGCCUCCUGUGGAUAGGACAUCCACAAAAACAGUUACCUCUGCUUCUUCCUCCCAGUCAACACUGUUGUCAGCUUCCGAACAGCUGCAUCAUAUCUUAAGCAAUUCUGCAGAUCUAGCAAUUAAUAAGGAAGCAACUUUAAAUGCACUUAAAGAUUCAGUGAAAGAUAUUGAACAACACAAGGAGGCGCACAGGAAGGCACAAGCACAAGCUGGUAAUCUGAAAUCUCAGUCAACAUCUGAGCCAAAAUUUAGGGUUAAAACUAUCCAGCUUCCUAAAGGUGUUCAAAAAAUGCAGGAAAAGAAAGACAAUGCAUUGCCAUACAAAAUGGAGAAAAAGCAACAUUUAAAAGCAGAAGAAAAUAUAAGUCAAAGGAAGGUUGCUACUAAGCAACAGCUUCAACAAGAACAAAAUGAUUGUGUUGGCGUGGCAGAAAACCAGCAACUGGACUUCAGUGUUCAGGAUAAGUAUAGUUGCUCAGUAACUGAACAGAGAGACUGGAACAUUGAAAGGACGGCAUUUUCAAAAACACUUACAACUAACUUGACAGACGAUCAGGUGAAAAAUAAAAGAGAGGGGCAACAGAAUAAUCAGCAGUCAUACAGAGCUCGUUUAGCAGAAACUCCAAAAAUUCAGAACAAGAAGAUGGGUGACGCCAGAUGUAAAGAAGCAAAGAAUGAAAAAGAGAAGCAACGUCACGCUAAAACUCAAGAAGAACCAGUUAAAAAGUUUCAAGGAGAACAAGUGCGACAGAAAGGUGACUUAGCAAGUCAUGCAGUUCACCGAAGCCCUUUGGGCAUACAAGCACAUGUAGAAAAACAGCUUGAUUGGAGGGAAAGGACACUCGGAGAAAAUCAAGUUGAAACUAAAUACAGCACCUUACGGGCAAAGGAACAAAUUUCUAAUGCAGUAAAUGCAAGUUACAAGCACGGGCUGGUCCCUGCUCACACCGAGGAGGUAAAACAGGAGAACAAAGAAAGCAGAGAAACGGCAACGUUUGGAAAGGAAUUUGAUAAAAGAGCUGCGAAGUAUUAUGAAGAAAUCAGUGAUAGUUACCAAAAGCGCGAGGAACUGCAAAACAUUUUAUUCAGAGUAAUUCAAUUUGAAAGAGAUAAUGAUAAUAUGGAUUUAAAUGUUAUGAAAAGCUUUUUAGAAAGGGUUCCAACUUGGCUUAUUGAUGGCCAUGAAUUCACCAUGAAAGAUAUCAAUGGGAAGAAUUUACAAAAUAUAAAAAAGGAGCUAACGCAGAUUAAAAAGAAAGCAUUACUUAAGCUUGCAUAUUUUGAUGAAUUAAUUCAGAAAGCAUUGAUAUCUAUUUCUGGUUUAAAACUGGAAAGUGAAAUGUCUCGUUCUGCCUCGCCUUCACAAAAGAUAUCCAAGAUAAGUAUUGGCUCUUGCAAAUUAGAAAAGCAGGCGAAAGACAGUCUAGAAGAGCAAACAUGUGAAAGUAAAAGGGGACAAGUGAAUGAAGGUAGACUUGCAGAACAGAGAGCCCAAUCUCCAGCAAUAAGAAUGGCGUCACCAUCCCCGUCUUUCAUCACUAUUGAGUCCACAGCUAGACGCACAGAAUCACCUCUAAGAACUGCUCCCUCUCCUCCACCUUCUCAGAAAACAUACGGCACUCCAUCCCCCAUCCAAAGGGAAGAAACACAUACACCUCCACUAUCAAUGCGCGACUCAGAUAUGCCAACAUUCAGAAUCCGCACCUCUUCAACAUCAUCUUCUCCGACAAGGGGCAGGCGCUACGACCAGCUUGUCAAACUUAAAGAUACUACUGCAAAACUAUCACAGGGAAUUCCACAACUUGUACAGCCUACAUUUGCUCAGAAAACAGAGAAGAGGUCAGAAAUUGUCCUAUCACCAGCAACACUUCGGCGCCAGUUAAAGAUUGACACACCUGUUUCAGAAAUAUUACUUAAAUCUGGAUCUCCUGUAACGGAAAUGCUUGAAGAAGCUAGAAGGUCAGAGGAAAACAAGGUUUAUGUGCGUAAAGAACCCACAGACAUUUCAGAACGUCUGGGCUGUGACGCAGAGGAGAAUGAAUCUGCCACCAGAAAACAGCAAGUUAAAAUGCCACGAGUGGAUCUUGCAGAAUUUGUUCAUCAAUUUGAAAUGCCCGAUCAAACAAAUUAUUUUCACGAGGAACAGGUCACGUUCACUGAAAAAAUGGGAAAUGAGAAUAAAGAUGAUUAUUUUGGAAAAAUAAAAGAUUUGGAAGAAAUCCCAAAGUUCGAUAUAAAAUCUGUUAAGCCGAUGUUUGAAAUUUCCGGACAAAUACCUAUUCCCAUGAAACAGUCCUCAAGGGACAGAAAACCUCUGAAAAAAUCUCAACAUUCUCAUAAAGUCAGAGAUGAAAUGAAGUCAACACAAUCCAUGUUGUAUCCUGAAGCAGUUACUAAGCAGUUUGCACAUGUGGAUGGCUUUGAAACGGAGGCAAUCAGCGCAAGAGCUAGCAUUCAACACUCUGAAGUGUUUCCGGGUAUUGACUCCAGGCAUGCUCCACCAACCUAUGAAGAUGUCAUUUCUGGGCAGGCUUUAGACUUAGCAAUUGAUAAAACUCCUGAAGAGCUGCUGAAGAAUUUCCAAAACACGUGGCAGGAAAGUGAACGUGUAUUCAGGAGUCUUGGUUACGAAAUCUCAGACACCAGUGAAACCACGUGGCAAGAAGAUGUACUUCAUGAACAUAUGGCUUUGACUGAAAAUACAGGUUCUUACGAAGGAGACCUGCACAGUCUGCCGAAAGAUAGUGUAUCCCAUGGAAUGUCUGACUGCAGACAAACAAAUCUUUCAUAAGGCCUGUUUCCGCUGCCAUCAUUGUAACAAUAAAUUAAGUCUUGGAAAUUAUGCAUCUCUCCAUGGACAGAUAUACUGCAAACCUCAUUUUAAGCAGCUUUUCAAAUCCAAAGGCAACUAUGAUGAAGGUUUUGGACACACACCCUACAAAGGAGGCCGUGCAAGUAGCAGUC